CUGGUAUGCCAUUAUGAAGGCCUGCAUCGGUUUGACAAAACUCCAAGUCUAUGCAUAAAGCUCAGUAAAAUGGAGCUAACUUACAUGCUGGCAUAUUUUCACUGCCAAUUGGAUCAUAGCAUCCAUAAGGCGCCCCCCAGCGGUGAUUUGCACUUCGAAACGAUGAUGAGACUCGCAGCUGCAGAUUCUCUGCUGAACGAGAUGAGCGGCAACUUCGGCACCACAGGAUCAACACGCGUCAAACACCUACAAUAGGACUGACACUGCUUCUAGGUUUUCUCUUCACCCUUUAUGGAUUCCACUGAGCUGCUUUUCCGUCAUGGUGCCUCCUGAUAAAAGCUCCAAACAAACCAAGGUGCCCAGGCAGCCCACCAAGUGGAGGCAGAGUCUGCCCUCUCCGGCCCUGUGCUGUGCCUGUGGUCUGUGCAUCUUGUUGGCUGGCAUUAACAUCACUCUGGUGGGGGCCUUUGCCUUUGGUACCUUCAUGCCCUCAGGUAACCCACCCAUCAUCAUCGGACCCCUGCUUUUAUUAUUGGCCCUGGGCUUCUUCACUGGUUGUUGCGUGGUCAGCAGGAGGCCUCCAGCCCACACCGCUAACCAGGCUAAGGGGGGAGAAAAGUGGGGGCUGAUGCGUAUGGGGGCCGUGGCCUUUGAGAUGGAGACCAGUGAGCACACACUGCAGGACACUACAGCCGUUCAGCUCAGUCCAACUAACUCUCCAGCAUCCUCGCACAAGUCUAACUCCAGCCAUGGGGCCAAUAGUGCCCCGCUCCCCUGUCAGAGCGGGGGCGGUCUGAUUGCGGCUCUGGGUGAGAGCAUAGCGGGAACUUGACAUCUAGAUGACAUUAUGACACACUACAGGAUGGACAUGUAUCUUCUGUUGUC